UCCUUAACGAGGAACAAACCAAUGGGUAAUCGUGAGGCACGCAGUGAAAAGAGAUAGUCCGAUAUGUGAUAAUUGGCGGAUUGGAGAGGUUAUUCCUGAUGGUGACAGUGUUCGAUCAUGUUAACCCUGAGUUGACAAGAAGUUAACAAUUCACACCGUGAUCCGUUUUUCGUUGAUAAAUCCUUGCGCGCGUUGAAUAUACAUAUGUAUAUAUAUAUAUAUAUGGACCUCGUUUCGUCCGCUUGUCAGUUUCUUUUUUACGGUAUUACUUUUAUUAUUUCGCCGUUCGCACGUCCGUUCGCUUAAUAUUUUGCAACCCGCUCGUUAUUUGACGAUAUGAUGCCAAACACGGACGUUUAUGACAAUUUGUACCUGUAUGCCACUCCUGAGAAAUUUUUUGUGGAACCAGUCGGGACCAAAGUCCUGUUGGUGGUCGAUCGAGUGAGUCAACAGAUUUACACGCAAGCUGGUACAGCUAGUCAAAUUCCAACAACUGCCAGCCGUCGGAAGAUAUGGGGACUGGUUGGGACGAUACGCCUCUUGGCGUGUCGUUACCUCAUUGCAAUUAUGGACGCUCAAAUGUGCGGUACUAUAGCGGGCCAUCAGAUCUACAGAAUAUCUGCGACCGAGGUGAUACCCUAUACAAGGUCCUCCCUCCAUCUGACCGAGAAGCAAGUGCAAAGUAACGCUAUGUACCUGGAGAUGGUGAAGUCUGUCUUGAACACACCGUACUUUUACUUCAGCUAUACGUACGACCUCAGCCACACCAUGCAGAGGCUUCACAAUACGACGCCUGAAUUUUUGCAAAUGCCGCUUCACGACAGGGCAGAUCCCAGGUUCGUGUGGAACACCUACUUGCUGCAAGACUUGAGUGCCAGACCGGAGCAGUACAAGUUCUGUUUACCCAUUAUUCACGGCUUCGUCUCACUAAACACAGUGGUCGUGAACGGCAUAGCGUUCAAUUGGGGCAUCGUCUCCAGACGCGGUAUACAUCGUGCUGGCACGAGGCUGUUCUCGCGCGGCAUAGAUUCCACCGGGAACGUAUCCAAUUAUGUGGAGACGGAGCAGCUAAUCGAGGUGAGCGGUGAUCGUAGUUCCUUCGUGCAGACGCGCGGAUCCAUCCCUCUGUUUUGGUAUCAAGCGCCGAACUUGAAGUACAAGCCGAAGCCGCAGAUUAGUCCUCACGAGGACCAUCAGAGUGCCUGCGCACGGCACUUCGACGUUCAGAUCUUCCACUAUGGAAGGCAGAUCUUGGUGAAUCUGAUCGAUCAACACGGACCAGAAGCUCUGCUUGAAGAGGCAUAUCGCAAUUUAGUUCAAAGAGUCAACAACCAAAACGUUCGAUAUGAGGCUUUCGACUUUCACGCGGAAUGUCGAAGAUUAAGGUGGGACAGACUGAAUAAUCUAAUGGACCGAUUAACUCACGAUCAAGAACAGAUGGGUUAUUUCCUGCUGAUGAGGGACGGAGCGCUACUCUCGGUCCAAGACGGCGUUUUUCGUACAAAUUGCAUCGACUGCCUGGACCGAACGAACGUUGUGCAAAGCAUGCUGGCUAAGCGAGUUCUCAAUGAGGUGUUAAGCAGACUGGAAGUGCUCAGGAAGGUGGAGGAUCACCCUGCGUUCGAAAACCUUUUCAAGCAGAUCUGGGCCGAUAACGCGGAUGUGGUGAGCAUACAAUAUUCCGGCACGGGUGCGUUGAAGACAGACUUCACGCGCACAGGCAAACGUACGAAAUUAGGCGCUAUGAAGGACGGCUUAAACUCACUGACAAGGUACUAUAAAAACAACUUCGCCGACGGCUACAGACAGGAUUCGCUGGAGCUCUUCCUAGGUCGCUACAUCGUCCAGGACGGCGAGUGUACCUCCGUUCAAUGUCCUUUGGAGUCCGAACGAAACUGGCGCUAUGCUACAUUCCCACUUGUUCUCAUAGUCGCGUCUUCGAUGCUAAUCGCCCAUGUGAUCUUGCCGUCGCGCUACACAACGGAGGUCUUGCUGUACAUGCUAUUCUGGGGCGGCAUGGUCGCCGGCACUUUCGCCACCAUUAUCCAUCACGGCAAACAAUACGUCGACAAGCCGAAAUUACUUUAGACUGGCUCCACGGUGUCCCAAAUGUUGUAUAUUGUACGACAUAUAUAUAUAUAUAUAUAUAUAUGCGAUAAGCGAGUAGAGUUAUCACUUGGGUAAUCAUUGACCGAUAUUUCGGGUUUCCUGUCGCAGCACAAAGAUAGGAUAGAUCUCAUCGUGCAUCGACAUACCAAUGACGCUUAUCCACACUGUGAAUUAACGUCGUAAUCAAAAUGUACAUAUAUGUAUGUGUACGCGCGUACAUGUACACGUUUCGAUUUCCGGGAUUCGACACCAUUCCUGGUGUUCGUUUCUAUAACACCGACAGAAGAAGGUCCGCAUCUGUCGGGUAGCAUUUUUAUUUUCGGCACAGGGUCUACACACACACACACACACACACCGACGCACGUACGGGAAGUUGGUAUUCUAUUAUUGGCGACUUGUCACUGCGAUUCCUGCACUUUCCGCAUAAUAGUUGGUAGAGUAACACAAUUCUCGAACGACGUUCCAUUAGAGUUCGCUUGGCAUUUCGUAAGCUCUUGUAAUGCAUUAGAAAGGCUCGAGCCUCUGGUUUUCAGCGUUUGCAUGCGCGAAUAGAGUCAGAUCGCGGAGAACGUGCUUGGUACCCACCGUCCAUAGACAAAUCACCUGUAGCAUGAGACCGAUUUGUCAAGCAGAACCGUACAAUACAGAACAGGCUGAAAUGCCAAGGGUUGAAAGAAUCGUUUUUCAAUCUCUUCAACUUUUGUUGAUGUGUCAGUGAAUAUUCGUAAUGUUGGAACCUUCUCGUUUACGAAUGCAAAAUUGUAGUUAUCUCUUGGAUAUAUUUGUGAUUUUUGAAAAUAAAUUUUUCCAAAUAACAUUA